AUGGAUAAAGAAUUAUUAGUGGAUGGUCUUGUCAAAAAAGAUUUCAUUAAAUAAAAUCUAUCAUAAACAAGAAAGAGUCAUAAUGAUAUUUUAUCAAAGAAACCAUCAACUUAAUUUUAUCAUGUUCAGUCAUUCAAAUAUGGAGUAAGAUAGCCAAUUUAAUUAAAAAAUCCUCUUCUUAUAAAAUCUAUAUUAUCAUCAUAGAAAUUGUAAAAGGAAAAAGAUACAUCGCUACCUUUAUGUGAAUUUAAAAUAUUACCAACAUAAGCUUUAACUACAUUUUAAACAGAUCGCAUACAUAGUAGAUGUCCUGCUUUAAAAAAUUUUAGACUUAAAUUAGGAAUUAAAUAAUAAAAAAGUGUAUCAGAAGAAUAAUUUAGAUUUCCAACAACUCCUGCUAUGUGUAGAAGCCCCACUGUAACUAAAUAAAAACUAAGAACUUUGUUAAAAAGUUAGCCAAGUUAUGAAAAAAAGUAAAAAUAAUCAGAUCCUAUGUUUGAUUUUAAUAAAAAUGAUUGGGGAAUUGGAGGCUGGAAUAUAAUUGAAGAUAAUUAUGAUCCUAAAAUGUUCAUUGAUUGA